UUCUCUCUGUCACACAACAACAAAAAACAAAGGUUUCUAAAGAUCGAAAACUGAAUAAUUUCAUGUAAUUUAUUUCAUGCAUCUCAACUAUACAAAACAAUCAAUCUCAGUCAUAUAUAAGUGUCCUAAAGAAUAUUCUUCCUACUACAACUAUGGAAACGUCCGAGUCCGUGGAUAUAUCAGCUGCUUCCGACGCUCAUGAUUAUCGGCUGCUAACGAAAGCUAGUGAUGAAUUCGAUUUGGGCAAUUAUGAUGAAUGCAUCGGAAUUCUGCAGCAGUUGGAGAAUCUAAAAGGCAAAGAUUGCAAAAUUCACCACAACCAAAUGGUAGCUAAGUUUUACAAGGGCAAGUGCAAGGACUACAUGGAUUUACUGAAGUCUUUAAAAGAGCUGAACAGUAGCGAGACCUGUAAAAGUUUGUCUUCAAAAACCCCUAACGUUGCACCAUCUUCCCCAAUGCCAUUAUACAACAUGGCGGUGAUUUACUACCACCGACACAUGUACCAAACUGCUAUAGAUACUUUGAAACCGGUUGUUGAUAAAAUAGAGACCUACGAUUCGAAUAUAAUGGCAAUGGUUGGUGUUCUCAUGUUACGUCUAUUAUUGGCUACUAAUCAGCCCCGUAAAGCGUAUUUUUUCCUGGAAGAGGUGCUGGGGCAUUUGAGUAUUAACAUUACUACCAUGGCAGCAGAUGAAGGUAAUAUUCAAGAAUCUGCGCCAAGAUUGGAAGAGAAGUUUAACAAGCACUUGAAGUUGUUGUCGUUGCUAACGCAUCUUGUAAAUCGAAAGAUUGUUCAAGUUCCGGAAGAUGGGUCCCCAGAAUUUGCAACCCUUAAGGCACACCAAUAUUACAUUAUGAAGGACUUCCAAAUGGCAGCUAAGCAAUUGAAAAAAAUCAAUGUGGACUCCUACAUGGGCGGCAUUUACAAUCACGAAUUGAAUACUCUUAUAGCCAACAAUAUGGGUGUGAUACAUUUGCGUGUGCGUCACUAUGCCAUUGCAGCGAACUUCUUCCAAAACGCCAUAAAUUUUGAUAAGCAUAUAGCGUCGAAUCUACGCAGUGCCGAAUUACACGAUAUGUGCUCAGCUAAAUCGUGUGAAAUAUUAUAUAACUUGGGCAUUGCGAUGUUGCAUUUAAGAAGACCGAAGGAGGCUUUUCAAUGUUUUUUGGUGCCUUUAAAAACCUACCAUAGUAAUCCUCGACUGUGGUUUAGAAUUGCCGAAGCUUGUAUAAUGGAAUACGAAAUGAAGAGAUCAAUUGAUGAGAAAAGUAGGAUACGCACGGAGACAAGAUCCUUAUUUUCGAAUAGGAUAGACUAUUCGCAAAGUAGUCAAUCUGCUGCGGUGCCAGAACCAACAAUGCCUUUUGCGGCUUUAAGCUUGCGUAAUGCGUUAACUUUAACACGGGUUUACAUGGCUCAACUCUAUACACCUUCUGUAUCUGAAGAAAUUAAUGAGACGACAGACAGCCAAGAAUCCAGUUGGCAAAAGACAAGGGACAAUAAUUUCUGUAAUCCAUCAGGACCUGUAACAAGAGAAUCUUUCGACACAAUGUUAUCAUCCAUAUACGCAGCCUAUAGUUACGUGAGCUUGCGCCUAGGUGAUUACGUUACGGCAUUAGAAAUGGCAGAAGAAUUAUUAAAAAUGGAAAAUCUUUCAGAUGCUCAUAAAAUGCUGGCUCAUAUGUAUGCCGGCGAGGCAUUUAUAAUGAUGGAUAAUUUAGCCGAUGCUCGACCACAUUUGGAGCCUACUUUUGUUUCGGAUUUAAAUACGUUCGAUUUCGAAACUAAAGACUGGCAAGUCAAAUCUUUAGAUGCCGCUCAAAACGUAGUUCGAUAUAACUUGGCCGUAGCAUUGACGUUGCAGGGCGAACUGGAAAUGGCGCGAAGUCUUCUAAAUACAUGCACCCAUCCCAUAGUUGCUCAAAAAGUUUUUAAUUUGAAGAAAACUCAAGCAGCUAUUAUUGCAUCUACGAUGCAACAGCAAACCACACCACUAAGAGCUAUGUAAAAGAACUUAAAAAUAAAGUAUUUUACGUUGCAACUCCA